CAAAACACCCUCCACCUAAGCACUGCUAUGUGGAGGUGAUUAACGACGACAUCGAUAAUGAUAGCAUCAUUUCCUCUCGCGAGGCUCCCCGAGGAGCUCAUAUCUGUUAUCGUCUCUCAUCUACCCACCAGCGCCGACCGUGUCCACCUCGCGCUUGCUUCGAAGCAGCUCCACCGGAUCGCAACCGAACAGCUGUACCGGCACAUAUCCUUUCGCCUCGGUAUUGAAUACAAAGACUAUGAAUUCCUAUACGCCUUCACCAUCUUGUUGCUCGAGCGCCCGCGGCUCGCCGCCCACGUACGCCACCUGACGAUCCGCGGCAAAUGGGCCGCGAGCUGGGAAGCCAGACAGGCCCGCGGGCUCGACGAACUCCACCCCGCGCUACGAUCCGCCAUCGACAGCUUGACGCAGGACAGAGAGAACAAGCCAGAAUGGGCAGACAAUAUCGUGGAGUGGGAGAGGGAGGAGGCGCUUGUGGCCGUGCUCGUCCACUCGCUGCCUAAUCUGAGGACGUGGGACACGAACAUACCAGAGCAGCCCGGAAUGCACUACCAAUGGCUCAUGGGGUGCGUCUCGGGUCAGGAACCGACUGCUCUUCAAAAGCUGCGCGAGCUCAUGCUGGUAAUCCCUGAUGGUGCGCCACGGGCCGAACCCGGAUCCUUCAAGCCCUAUUUUCAGCUGCCAGCGCUGAAGAGGGUCUUUCUCUGCGGUAUUGGCGCUGGCUCGGCGCGGAAUUGGAAUCGGGGCGCAGUAUCCGUAGCAGUCCAAGCCAAUCGCGCGUACUUGUCCAAAACCCUAGAGCGCAGGGCAUCCACAAACACCUUCCUGUCGCCGAUAGAACAUCUGGAGAUUCGCGAGGGAUCCUUCGACUUCGAGCUUAUAUGCGACCUUGUCACCUCCUGCAAGCAACUAAAAACGUUCGCAUACGAGACAAACAAGUACUCUCAAGGCCUCUAUACCUCGCUACUAUCGGCUUUAGCUAUCCAUGCUGGAACACUAGAGUCCCUAUGUCUUGGAUACCCGACUGUUGCCCCGCGCGAUUGCGAUGUCGAUGUCCCGCAUAUCCAACAAUUUCGACAGCUGCAGCAUCUUAAAGCGAGCAGCAGCUUCUUAUUUGCGGCCACGGCCUCAGAACAACGCAAUAAUGCUUACUCCGACAACCUGAAGCGGAAAAUACCCUCAGGCCUCAAGAAACUCACAAUCAUACAAGAAUACUGUAUGGAUGGAUGGACUUUCACAACUGCGAUACACGAUCUCCUGCUCGAUCAGCGCAAUAUAUGCCCCGAGCUGAAUGAGCUAUCCAUUUUCGCCAGCAGCGGGCUGAACACCUCGCAAGAGAUAUACAAAUACCUAUGGCAACCCUCAGUUGAGCAGCAGGUACGACUGCGAAUCUAUGUCCCGGACUCGACGCGUGGACCUCGGGUUGAGCGCCCCUGGGGCAUGGACGAUGACAUUCACUGGGCGGAUGUGGAUGGAUUGCCCCACGGGUGCAAUCGAUGGUUGCACAAUCUCGAAUACGUUCCUGCUGCGGAUGAUAUCGUACUGGUCAACUUCGAGCGAUUCCCCUUUGCUCAAGCAGUGGAACUGGUAGGACGGCAGCUGUAAAGAGCGGCCUGAACUUCUUCGGUACGUAUGGAAAUAAUCUCGACUGGAUGUAGCCUAGUUGAGAGAAUCAAAAGUCCUUCAAUGUCCAUUAACCCCAUUCAAUUCAUUCGCCCCAUUGAUUGCCCCCUCCUCCAUCAUCUUCUUCUGCCACGGUAACGG